AUGGCGGCCCUCGUCCCGCUUGUGACCGACGACGGCAAUGGGAGCUGGCAGCUGCAUGAGGAUGCGACGCUCCUCCUCGAGAGCGAGAAGCGCGCGCUGCAGAAGAUCUCGGUCGUCGGCCUCAUUGACGCCCUCCCGCCCAAGCAUGCCAGGGCGCCCGGCUUGCACAUGGUCAAGGACCCGAUCAAGGUCGAAGACGACGGGACGCUUACGUUCCUCGUCGUGCUCCAGCACCCGGCGCUCCACGAGCAGCCGGCAUGGACCUCGCUCCUCUUCCUCCUUGCGUCGCAUGUGUUGUACGUUCGCGACGGCGCCAUUGCGCGGGACGGCUUUGCCAACUGGAGCUUUCUGCAGCAUCUUCUCAACGUCGACGUCGUUUCGCCCGACGAGCAGGCCGCGCAUCCUGACCUCAACACGACCGUGCUCAAGCGCCUCUUGCCAAAGCUCACGCUCAUUGCGGUUGACCUCGACAAGAAGGAGUGCGGCGGCGACGCGUUCCCUCUCUACCUCGAGAAGGCGCUAUCGACGCCCAAGGCGUCGCACGAUGGCCUCUCGCAGGCGCUCAUCAGCCAGCUCUUUACGAGCCGCGACUGCAUCGGCAUCAAGACGAGCACGUUCAAGGUCCCCGGCGCCCCGCACUCGGCGGCUAAGGUGCUCAGCGUCGCGACCGACCCGCUCCCGCCCAAGACGUUUUUUGGGCGGUUCCUCUCCUGCGGUGUGUUUGUGCAUCUGCUGAGCGCGCUUGUCGCGGCCAAGGACGCAGCGCGCUGGGACUUCCGGGCUGUCGCGUUCAGCGUCUCGCGCACGUACUGGCAAAACUUGCUCGACGCAGCGAUCACCAUGUACGCCGACCACAUGCACGCCAAGCUGUUGCCAUACGACGACGUGGAGCUCGACAAUAGCAUGGUGGUGGCGCUCACCGAGGCCAAGCUCCACGGCGGCGACGCCGGCCUCGACAAUGACGACGUGAUCCUCAUCGACCGCAGCACCAACAGCGCCGGCGUCACCUUUGACGAGUAUGGCAACCUCAAGAAGAGCCACUCGAGUGGCGCCAAGCCGACGCUUGACGUCGGGAUCCUCGCGUUCCUCAAGACGGCCAAGUCGACGCUCAACCGGCAAAUGACCAUGGUCGCUCCCAAGCCCACGGUGGCCAACCCAUGGUGCGACCCGUACCUUCUCAACAUGCGCGAGUAUGAGGUGCCGACCAAGUACAUUCACCAGUUUCCCAAGCGCGAGAAGCUCCCGAUCGAAGCCAGUGCGCUCACUGGUGUCCACCACGAGUGCCUCUCAUCCGCGUCGGCGCUCUUGCAUCCGUUCAUGGCGCUCUCGCUGCCGCGCGAAGACGCUUGCUUUAGCGGCCCAUGGAGCUUCCGCGUCGGUCGGCGCCACCUCGACGACGCGGCGGGCGCUGUCCAUCGGGACAUUGCGCUUGCCAACAACGCGAGCUCGGCAGCGUUCUGCACGCGGCUCGUCCAGUGCCUCCACACGGCGGUGCUGCUCAAGACGCACGCAGACGAGGACAAGAGCCGGCUGGUCCGCCACCUCAUUGCGUACCGCAGCAACAUUGAGGCGCUCAUCUCGCAGUACAACUUUGUCGCCAAAGGCCCGGCAGCGUCGGCCGUCCUCGCCGGCUUCCUCUCGUCAGUCGUGCGGCACCGCCUCCAUGCAGCGGUCGCGGCGGCCGACGCCCACUUUGAGGCGACGCGCGUCGCGCUGACGACCCAAGUGCACGACGCCUCGCGCCACCUCUUGGCGCUGGAGGACGCGAUCCGCGACGCCGAAGAGACGCGCAAGGCGUGCCUGCGCAACGAGAUGGCGCAAGACGCUCUCGUCGAGAGCCGGAAGCUCGAGCAGCUCGGGACGAUCCAGGGCGCGAUCGCCGAGACCCAAGCGCAGAUCAACACGGCGCUGCGUGAGAAGGAAGCGCUCUUCGCCAACACGGUGCAGACGACGCAAGCGACGGUCGCGACCGUCGAGAUCAUUGCGAAGAAGCCCAAGGAGUAUGCGGGCUACCUCUUUCGCCAGGAGGGCGGCGGCUUCUUCGGGGCCAAGUGGAAGCAGUCGUUCUUUGUGCUCAAAGACGGCCGGUUCGUGACCUUCAAGGCCAAGAGCUACUACGAGGAAGGCCGCGAGAGCAUGGAAGCGCCGCUCAAUGUCGCGGGCUACACGGUGCUGCAGUCGAACAAGAAUGCCAACGAAUUCAAGCUCGCGCCGCCCGUCGCCGGCCGCACGUUUGUGUUCCGCGCGCCGACGGACGAGAUGCGCGAGACGUGGGUUCACAAGUUCAACGAAGCGUCCAACUACUCGUAG